CGUAACGACGCCGCGUGCUAGUUACGGAAAAAAAGGCGCCCACCGCAGUGCAUGGUUAGAUGUUUGUGUGGAAAGUGUGUUGGGUGGAAAACUGGAGGAAAAUUGGCUUUCUGGAGGCGUCAUCAAUUAAAAAUUUUCGUUCGAUACCUGGGAGACGGCGCUGCGUUUAAAAUGCACGUUAGGUGACAACUUUCUCGAAGAAAGCUGGACGUGGGUUAAGUUUAAAUCGGAAGGAAAUGACCGGAAUAUGCUUUGCAUUGUAGACGGUUGAUGAUGGUGGUACGACGAACGGAAAAAACAAUACCUCAUGAAAAAAGUCAAGAGUUGAAAACAGGUGUUUAAAUAUAGCGUUUGGAAUUUAGCCACGGUCUUAAACUUUUAAUUAAGAUGCACAACUCGAGGAAGAAUACUUGAAACAAUCUACAAUGGGUUCGCAAGGAACAGACGGGGGUUUGAGCAAACCGAAGACCUCAUCAACGACCAGUUCGUCUUCGAACCCCCAGGGAUUGGCAACCCUAAUUGUUAUGAUAGCAGUUUUAACAAUUAUUAUUCUGUUUUGCUGUUUUGCCGCGCCAGGUGUUCGUGAUUUAUGUAAACGAUACAUUUUCCGUACCUGUGUUAUAGACGAUCCAGACGAAGACAAUGCUAGCGCGGCGGGAGAGUCAACAACGCCGACAAUAAUCCUUUUACCUUAUGGAAGAAUGUUGGUUGUCGAUAGAGCUGUUUUUGCCCAGUUGCAAGCGGACCAUACGGGUAUCGACUUCAUGGAACUCAGUGCGAAUCUGAUUCGAGCCCAGAGGUACCAAACUGGGAGUACGCCCAGUAUUCUCGAUUCGGAAACCACAAGCAAGGGGCUCUCUCCAACCUCUCUGGGAGUAUCACCGCCUGCGUACGAAGACAUAUUUGGCGACAAAAGCAACGAUCUUCCGCCUUCUUACAGUGAAGUUAGUUUAAUGUUUAGGACAUACAAUAGACGAAUGUUGAACGAACCCGAAAAUAUCGAGAUGCGUAACAUGGAUACAUACAACGAACAAAACCUCGUUGAUAAUGUCAGUGAUACGGAAGUUAAUAAUGAAAAUAAUUUAAACAAAGAACUUGAUGAUCAGAACGCACGUGAUGAAACUAACAGUGUUCAUAUUACCGUAGAAGAAUAUGAUCCGUCUACAUCGGAAUUAAACUCUGUUACUCCAACUAGGAAUUUUCAUAACGAUUGUUCUAUCAAAGAAAGUAGUAUUUAAGACAACCUUGUUAAUUAUUGUUACCUACACAUAAUUGUUAUUUAUUUGAAGACACUUUUUACGCUUACUGUUCAUUAAAGAGUGUCUUCUCUAAAUGUUCUUUUCUAGCAGUUUUAUAUUGCAGGUCCUAUUUUUAAGACUGCAAGGCUUGAAUUUUUAAAGUGAUGUCUUACUAAAUUUGCAUAUCAUAGUUAAGGAAAAGUCAAUUAGGUGCAAAAAAACAAUAAAAUUACUACCUAGUUAUACUUAUAAACACCAAACUACAACGAAAAUAAUUUCC